GGCAGGAGAGAGAAAUCCCGGAUGCAGCAGUAUGGCAGAGGGGGGCUCGGGACCACGCUCUUUGCGCUUGCUCUGUCUCCAUGGUUACCGCCAGGACGCGACGAGCUUUCGAGCACGCAGCGGGGCCCUGCGGAAAGCCUUGCGCGGGCGCGCCGAGCUGCUGACCGUGGAUGCGCCUCACGUGGUAGCCGCGCGAGCAGUGGAGGCCAGCCUGUUGGAACCAACAGAAGGCAACGGUCGCAGCUGGUGGUUUUCCAGCCCCCAGGAGAGGACAUUCAGCGCUUUAGAGGAAGCCUCAUCUUGCAAAGGUCUGGAAGAAUCAUUGAAGGCUGUGGCAGAGGCAUUUGCAGAAUACGGCCCCAUUGAUGGGCUGCUGGGCUUUAGCCAGGGGGCAGCGCUGACUGCCAUUGUUUGCGCCCUGAAGCAACGUGGAGAUCCCCGCUUCCAGUUUGACUUUGCCAUCCUAUUUGCUGGUUUCAAGAGUCAGGCCCUUGAUCACCAGAUCUAUUAUCAGGAACCCAUCCAGGUGCCCAGCCUGCAUGUCCUGGGAGAGACUGACCGUGUCAUCUCCGCUGAGAUGAGCCAGGAACUUUCCUCCAAGUUUACUGAACCUUUAUUUCUGACUCAUCCAGGGGGGCACUUCAUCCCUGCAUCUGCAGCCCAGAAGAAAACCUACCUGGAAUUCCUGGAUCGUUUUGGGAAGUAACUAACUGGAGCGCAAGGUUUGGUUGUUUGAUCCUCUUAUUUCCUUGUGCAGAGGCCAGAAGGAGACAGAAAUGUGUAGACAGAGGGGAGCAACACCGAUCUCAGUAGGGUAAACAUUACUAGUUCUGCACUGGACUGUGGGUCCUUGACCAGUCAACAGUUGGGCUUGGUGUGACUCGACUAUGUGUCAGACGGGAAUCUUAAGAGCGCUGCUGCUGUCCAUCUUUUUCCUGGACUGUGCUAAUGAACCCGAAAGGCAUUGCAUUAAAACAAUUGUCUGUGGAAUCAGUAAAUGUGGUCCCAGU